AUAAAGAAUUUGAUGAGCCAGCUGGGAACCAAGCAGGAUUCCAGCAAGCUUCAGGAGAGCUUACAACAGCUACAGCAUUCUGCAAACUGCCUUGCCAAAGAGACCAAUGAAUACCUGAAGGAGUUAGGGUCUCUACCACUUCCUCUAUCUGCUUCUGAACAGCGCCAGCAGAGGCUUCAGAAAGAACGUUUAAUGAAUGACUUCUCCGCAGCCUUAAAUAACUUCCAGGCAAUACAGAGGCGAGUGUCAGAGAAGGAAAAAGAGACUGUAGCAAGGGCAAGAGCUGGCUCCCGUAUCUCUUUCAGAGAAGAACAGCUUGUUUCAUUUGAUAGUGGUGAAGAUUGGAAUCAAAUGCAGUCUCAGGAAGAAGAUGUGGCAAUAACUGAACAGGACCUUGAACUCAUUAAAGAAAGAGAAACAGCAAUCAGGCAAUUAGAGGCAGACAUUUUGGAUGUCAAUCAGAUAUUUAAGGAUUUAGCCAUGAUGAUUCAUGACCAAGGAGAUAUGAUUGAUAGCAUAGAGGCAAAUGUGGAAAGUGCAGAAGUCCAUGUGGAAAGAGCCAGUGAGCAGUUACAGAGAGCUGCCUAUUAUCAGAAGAAAUCCCGUAAGAAGAUCUGUAUCCUGAUUCUUGGUCUUGUUGUGGCUUCUAUAAUCAUAGGAUUCAUUAUCUGGCAGACAGCAAAAUGAAAUCUUCACGUGGAACCUAGUCUCAUUGCUGAGAUUUUUUUUUUCCCCUCAGAGCGAGCAGGCUGACUAGUCUCAGAAAUGAAUUAACCACCCUGAGAGAGCACAAGCUGGAACUACUAGUAAUAGAUAUUAGCAACUAAUGUGCAGAUAACUAGUAUUUGGAAUUAGUGAACCAUGGAGACAGUAUUUAUCAGUUUAUAUACAAAUUAUAUUGUUUUAUGUAACUAAAAUCUUGUGGUUUUGCUUUCUGUAAUGUAUUAUUCCCUGUCCCAACUGUAUGCUGAAGUGUGAUGAAUAAUUGGAGAUGUCUUGUCAAAAACAAGUGGCACAACUUUAACAUUUUAUGUGUAUAGGUAACUUUGUUGGACUGGAAUAAGAAUGACAUUCAAAGAGGGCACAACACCAAUUCACAUUACCUUAAUCCAGUGGUUUCUAAAGUCUCCGGUAUCUGCCCCAUGGUUUUAUUAGUCUCCAAGUCGCUGUGGUUCUAGAUUCUCUGGAAGAGAAAGAUGUUGUUACAGGUUUGAAAAGCAAGGAGAAGUAUGCAUGGAUGAUAGCUGGAACCACUGCGUGCUGGUCAGUUUAGCCUUGAGACUUGUAACUGUAUGUUGUUUAAUUUUUUGAGCGUGGUUGGGG